AUGGAAGAGCUGGGUACCGUUUUAGGAGUGGACAUUAAGGAAUUAUCUUUGAAAAGCGCUAAUAGCUCGGGAGAUGAUGCGUUGAGCAACUUCUUGAAUGACUAUCAUACUCAAAGAUAUCAGGCAAAUAACAGUCUUUGGGAUGAACUCAAAAACCUAGAAGAGGACCAUCAACAGGUACAAACUACUUUGGAAUCAGUGAUACCACCUAUACGGGAAUAUAUAGAGAAUUUCAAUCUGCAACUAUCUGAAUUCACCAAUGAUCUCGGAUUUAUAAGAAACAAAUCCUCUGAAUUGAAAUCGCUCCUUGAAUACAAUUCUGUCAAGUUGGCCAACAUAAGUCCUUUGGUUAAUGAUCUCAUGAUAUCUCCCAGCGUAAUCAAAGAUAUCAUACAUUCGAAGAUUAAUAGUUCAUGGAUCGAAAACAUUGCUUAUAUCAAGGAUAAACAAGAGAUAUACCUGAAAUAUAAACAAGAUAACGAAAUAGCUGUUCCCAAAGAUUUUGGGCAGCUGUGCCAGGUAUUGAAUAUUUCAAAAGAGAUUGUAUUGGAAAGGUCGAAAAAAUUUAUUAUCCGUGAGAUAAAGAAGCUGAGAGGUCAUCAACCAGUGCCAUGCCAACCUGUUCAAAAUGAAAUGAUAAAAGUUAAAGAGAUAUUCCAGUUCAUUGUUGAGAAUAACUAUUCACUGGCUUUAGAGCUGAGGCAAGCUUACUCCUACAGUAUGCGAUGGUACUAUAAAGCCUAUUUUUCUCGAUAUAUACGAUCCUUAACAAUCCUUCAGUUCAAAAUGAUCGAUGCACAAUACGCGCUAGGCAACGGCUUAUCGAACACUUCUUUUAAAAAGGGAAGCGGCUUUGCAAUCUCGAGCUAUUUAACCACUACUUACGGUAGGACGUCAGUAGCUGUUACGGAUGAGUCUAUUCAAGAUUACUUUCAAAUAAGUAAGAGACUGUCUCUACUAACACAAGAAGAUAAUACAGUGAUGGUCUCGCAGAUUGCUGAGAAUAAUACUAUGCAAAAUUACGUGGAGGUUGGAUUUAAAAACUUAAAUUUGGCGAUAUUGGACAAUUGUACCGUCGAAUAUAAGUUCUUGAAAGAGUUUUUCCUCAUCAAGAGCAACGAGCAAGAAUUAAAGGGGAUUAUAGAGCAAGUCUUCCAGUAUACCUUCGACGAAGCUCUGGAAUACACAAAGCAAUUGUUUCUGAACACUUAUGAUAUAUUUGGAGUUCUAAUAAGCAUACGAAUUGCCCAACAGUUACAGUUCGAAUCACAGCGGAGAAAAAUGCCUGUUGUUGAGGAGUAUUUGAAUGCUCAAUUAAUGCUCUUAUGGCCAAAAUUCCAGCAGUUAGUUGACUUUCAGUGCGAAAGUCUGCGUAGAGUGUCUAUUACGACUAACGUUGCCAAUAUUUUUGGCAAAGCAACUCAGCGUGAUCCGCUUACUACGCCGCAUGAACUUACUGUACAGUUUGCCAAAUUUCUAACAAGCUUUCUGACACUUGCAAUUACGCAUGAGGAUCAGAUUGAUGAAAGAUCUGAGCCGCUCUAUAAUUCAAUAAUAAGGGUAAGAAAUGAUUUUGAAACGGUAAUGACGAAGUGCAGCAAGAAGACAAAAUCGCCCGAAAGAAUGCUGGCAACAAAUUACAUGUAUUUGUACAACUCUUUACAACAUCAGCACACUACUUUACAAAUCUACGAUUCGGCAUCGCUACCUUUAAUCUUAAAGGAGACUGAAGACCAUUUCAAAGCUCUUGUUGAGGCAUUCAGCAACGUCAAGUAA